UCAAAUCAAAUCAAAUUUAUUUAUAUAGCCCUUCGUACAUCAGCUGAUAUCUCAAAGUGCUGUACAGAAACCCAGCCUAAAACCCCAAACAGCAAACAAUGCAGGUGUAAAAGCACGGUGGCUAGGAAAAACUCCCUAGAAAGGCCAAAACCUAGGAAGAAACCUAGAGAGGAACCGGGCUAUGUGGGGUGGCCAGUCCUCUUCUGGCUGUGCCGGGUAGAGAUUAUAACAGAACAUGACCAAGAUGUUCAAAUGUUCAUAAAUGACCAGCAUGGUCGAAUAAUAAUAAGGCAGAACAGUUGAAAUUGGAGCAGCAGCACAGUCAGGUGGACUGGGGACAGCAAGGAGCCAUCAUGUCAGGUAGUCCUGGGGCACGGUCCUAGGGCUCAGGUCCUCCGAGAGAGAGAAAGAAAGAGAGAAUUAGAGAGAGCAUAUGUGGGGUGGCCAGUCCUCUUCUGGCUGUGCCGGGUGGAGAUUAUAACAGAACGUGGCCAAGAUGUUCAAAUGUUCAUAAAUGACCAGCAUGGUUGAAUAAUAGUAAGGCAGAACAGAUGAAACUGGAGCAGUAGUAGAGACUACUGAACGGCUCCCUGACUCAUCUAUUGCUGCUCAUUAGACCCUAUGAUCCCUCGGCUACAGAGAUAAUGCCUGCUGGACUAUUCACUACCACUGUGUAACGGCCCUGAAUUUUUCUGAACCGUCUCAGUGCAGCUCCUUCCAAUAGGGCGCUUUCCCUUUAAUUCCCAAUUAAAUAGCCAGCAUCAGCUGCACGAAAGGGGGGUUGUGAUGGAGACGUGCAUGAGGAUGUGUUCAACCCUCAGUUCCGAAGCUUCUCUAUUCCGUUUGUUUUGUUGCCGUUAAACGUGUGUUUUGUAGCCUAAGAGAGUUUACCCAGGAUCGGAUCCACUCAUCGCGUCCCUGGACUACACCUCUCCGUUCUUCGUGGCCUUUCUCCGCUGGAGAUCUAUUGGCGGAUUGGAUUGUCUGACUGACCGACUGACUACCACCUUUUUGUAUACGAAGAAAACCGUAACAGAAUCACCCACCACAACAGGAUCAAGCGGCGUGGUGACAGGCAGCGGCAGCAGGAGCAGCGAAAUCCAGAUUUCUGGACAUGGGAGGAAAUCUUGGACGGUAAAGGACCCUGGGCACAGCCAGGAGAAUAUCGCCGCCCCAAAGAAGAGCUGAAGGCGGAGAGGCGCUGGUAUGAGGAGGCAGCACGGCGGCGUGGAUGGAAACCCGAGAGUCAGCCUCCAAAAUUUCUUGGGGGGCGGCACACAGGGAGUAUGGCGAAACCAGGCAGGAGACCUGCGCCAACUUCCUGUGCUUACCGGGGGGGCUAGAGAGACCGGGCAGGCACCAUGUUAUGCUGUGGAGCGCACGGUGUCUCCAGUGCGGGUGCAUAGCCAGGUGCGGUACAUACCAGCUCCUUGUAUCGGCCGGGCUAGAGUGGGCAUCGAGCCAAGUGUCAUGAAGCCGGCUCUACGCAUUUGGUCUCCAGUGCGUCUCCUUGGGCCGGCUUUCAUGGCACCAGCCUUGCGCUCGGUGUCCCCGGUUCGCCUGCAUAGCCCAGUGCGGGCUAUUCCACCUCGCCGCACUGGCAGGGCGACCGGGAGCAUUCAACCAGGUAAGGUUGGGCAGGCUCGGUGCUCAAGAGCUCCAGUGCGCCUGCACGGUCCGGUCUAUCCAGUACCACCUCCAGUCAGCCAGGAUCUGCCAGAGCCGCCACUCAGCCAGGAGCCGCCAGUCAGCCAGGAUCUGCCAGUAUCUGCCAGAGCCAUCAACCUGCCUGAGCUUCCUCUCAGUCCCGAGCUUCCUCUCAGUCCCGAGCUUCCUCUCAGUCCCGAGCUUCCUCUCAGUCCCGAGCUACCCCUCAGUCCCGAGCUACCCUCAGUCCAGUGGGGUCCUUUGUUAGGGUUACUAGGCCAAGGUCGGCGGCGAGGGUCGCCAAUGGCCUUAGUAUUUUGUGUUUUCUUUAUUAUUUUGGUCAGGCCAGGGUGUGACAUGGGUGAUUAUGUGUUUGGCUUGUCUAGGGGUUUUGUAGAUGAAUGGGGUUGUGUUUAGUAGAGUAGUCUAGGUAAGUCUAUGGUUUCCUAGAGUGGUUCUCAAUCAGAGGCAAGUGUUUAUCGUUGUCUCUGAUUGGGAACCAUAUUUAGGCAGCCAUAUUCUUUGAGUGUUUCGUGGGUGAUUGUUCCCAUCUCUGUGUUUGUUGCACCAGAUAGGUCCGUUUCGGUUUUUCACGUUACAUUUAUUUUUUUUGUAAUUGUUCGUUAUCAACUUUAUAAACGAUGUAUAAAGAUAACCACGCUGCAUUUUUGUCCUCUUCUCUUU